AUGCGCUUUUCCUGUGUUGCAGACAUUAAAAACGACGUAUCAAUAAAAUUUCCGAACCAUUAUGACGACUUGAUUACCCACAUUAAGGAUAAUCAAAAGAUAGUCGAGAAGUAUGAAAUAUUUUUCGAUGUCGUCCGAUCUACAGUCCUGCUUCAAAUUACUGAUGGUUCGUACUCCGUAAUCACAUUGAUAUUUCUCAUCUCAAUAGCGUAUCUCAAUGGCGAUUCUAUUGUAUCUCCGACAAUUUUGAAAUUCGUCUGCGGACUSGCUUCGCUCCUCAUUGAACUGUAUAUUUUUUGUUACGGAUUCAACCACAUAGAAGACGGGAGAUCCACGGUGAAUUUUGGGUUGUAUAGCUGUGAUUGGACGAACAAGGACUUAAAAUUUAAAAAGACUGUGUUAUUGGCCAUGUCCAUGAACUCUGCUCAUAAGAAAGUGAUGAAAUUGUCACCAAAUUCGAUAGUGAACCUAGAAAUGUUCUCCCGGGUGAUGAACAUGUCAUACACGAUAGUAUCCACAUUACUAAGUUAGAAUAGUGAACAGAUAACUGACAAAUGGAUCUAUAGUUUAUAAAAUAGGAAACGGUUGUUUUGAAUUAAUCAAGGAGCCGUUGGAAUACGUUUUAAAGGCUUAAUUAUCUCUAUUUGUUUUAUUAAUGUAUAUUACAAAUAGUAUCGCUUUAAUGUUACUUUACUAUUAAUAAUAUAAUAUGAUGCAACAUGGUGUUUAAAUAUAUGAACCAUGAUACAUUUUUAAUAGUGCUUAAUUMCUGUCACAGUGAAAG